AUGGAUUACGAUGACAUAUUUCAAUCCGAUCACGGUGAUGAUAACAACAAUCAACAUCAAAACCUCCUUGAUCACAAUCUCGAUGAUGAAUUGGAACAUAAUGAUUGGCAGAGUAAUAGGCAGGAACGAGCAAGGCAGAGGAGACCUUUCUGGAUUUCACGAUUUGAUGAUGACGUGGAGGAUGAAAUGGUGAGUUUUGUCAAGGAUGAUUCAGAUAGUGGCGGUGGGAAGAGGAAGAAGUUUUCCAGUGGCGGUGGGAGUAGUAGCAAGAAGAAGGAGAAUAAGUUGAGUGCUUCCAAGUUCUCGGAUAGAGGAGGGAGAUUGAAUGAGAAAGGUGGGUCAAAAUUUAAGAAUGACAAAGAGGGUCCAAGAAUGCUAGAUGACGAUAACUUCAUAGAUGAAUGUGGUGAUAAUAGAGACAAAGCAUUUUCAAUGCUCGUAGGCUUAAAUUACAAUUGAAUGAGGAGUACACGAUCGAAUUCCUUCAAGUCCAAGUUCAAGAACACAGUGGAGACGCCAUUAAAUCUUGAAGAUGAUGUCGAUGAUUUCAUUGCCGAAGCAGAAGAUGUUUAUGAUGCUGAUAGUAGAAGACUUGUCCUACAAAAUUCUGUUAUUGAGAUCACAGAGCAAACUGUACAUGAUAUGAUGGGGUUGCCAAUUGGUGGAGAAGACUUCAAUGAGUUGCCAUUGUGUGAAAAGGGGAAUGAAAUUUUGGAAGAAUGGAGGGGACAAUAUACUAGUGAUAAGUUCAAUGGUGAGGAGUAUUUAAGGAGAAUUCAGGCCACAUCAAAAGAUAGUUUGAUGUUUAGGCUAAAUUUUUUAACUCUUUUCAUCAACAACUUCAUAGAGUCAAUGUUGAUGGGAACAAAUCAAGUAAAAGUGAGUCUAUGGAAAAGAGAUGACAAAUCAAGCUACUAUACUGGGCCUAUUACACUCCUUCUAUUGGUGUACGUGUACAACAUGAAGUAUUCUAUCAAGUUAGACAAAAGGGUACCUUUUAUUGGGCAUAUAAUUGGUGCCAAUUUAUUAGAGAUUCAGCGAUACAAAAUCAGCUUGGGAGGGUUCGGAAGGUUGUUUCGCGAUGAGCAUGAUGAUGUCGAUAUUAAUGUUGAAACAGGGGGUGAAGAUCAACAGCUGGUCAGUUUUAGGAAGGAUUUUGGAGAUGAGGAGGUUGCGUUGAAGGAUGGAUUGGAAAAGUUCCCUGAUAGUGUGUUGUUGAAACAGUGGUUAGAAAAGAUGAAUGAGCUUUUUAGGGGAAAUCAUGAAGGCACAAACAACACAAAGGUGAAUGAUUCAGAUGGAGAUAAUGAGGUGAAUAGGAAUGAUAUGUUGAUAGCAAUGGAGAUAAUACUUCACCUGUUAGAGGAUUGGUAA